ACAACGCAAAAUCAAGUGACGUUGCGUUACUUUACAUCACUGCAUAUGCUACGGUCGUCACAGCAUGCGGCGAGAUGAUUUGUUUUUGACGUUCUCUGUGUCAAUUAACCUAAAAUAGAUUUGUAGACACCUCAGAAGAAUAAGAUCAUACUGCGUCUUGUGAUAGACGAAGUCUAAUCUCGAGAAGUAUAUAUUGUCGUGAUAUUGCUGAAAAAAAAAUGAGAUCUUUAAAAAUUUGAAAGAGAAAGAGAGAACAAAUAACAAGCAAUGGAUAAAAUUUUUAAAUCCAUUCAUACAAGCCGACCGGCGUUGUAUAAAACUCUAAUGAAUGAGCAAUGCAUACAAGUAUCAAAUAAACUUUCUGCAAAACGAUGUGUACCUGUAGUCAGUAGAAUGUUAUCAGCAAAAGAAUAUUCCACGAUUUUUCCUGUUGGUCUCAGGCACUGGUAUGGUGACAGUGAAACAGCAAUUUGUAUACUAUCUUCUAAACACAAUCUUUCUAUAUCUAACCAACAAAGACGUAACAUGUUUAUUCAAACACAAGAUACACCAAAUCCAAAUAGCUUAAAAUUUAUCCCAGGAGUACCAGUACUGGGGGAAGGAUGUACAAAAGAUUUUCCAAGUGCAAAAGAUGCAUAUUGUUCGUCACUUGCUAAAAUGUUAUUUCGUAUUGAGGGAGUAAAAGCAGUAUUUUUUGGGCCUGACUUUAUCACGGUGACUAAACUUGAUGAGGAUGUAGAAUGGAAAUUAUUGAAGCCGGAAAUAUUUGCAACUAUAAUGGAUUUCUUUGCAAGUGGAUUACCAAUCAUGGAUGAAACUUCUCAACCUGCUACAGAUACACAAAUUAAUGCAGAUGAUGAUGAGAUUGUUCAAAUGAUAAAAGAAUUAUUAGAAACACGAAUACGGCCUACAGUACAAGAAGAUGGUGGUGACAUUGUAUUUAUGGGAUUUGAAGAAGGUAUUGUAAAACUAAAGAUGCAAGGUUCCUGCACCAAUUGUCCAAGUUCGGCAGUAACGUUAAGAAAUGGCGUGCAAAAUAUGAUGCAGUUUUAUAUACCCGAAGUACUCGGAGUUAUACAAGUGGAGGACGAGACGGAUAAAAUUGCAGAGAAAGAAUUCCAAAAAUUUGAACAAAAGAUUAAAGAAAAGAGUAAAGACAAAUAGAUACAAUUAAUAGUUGAUGAUCUGUAGAUGAUAAAAUCUAUACUUCAUCAUGUAAAUUUAUAUGUUGUAUUGUAGAUAUUAUGUAUCAUUUAAAAAGAAAAAAUAAAUAAAAUGAUAUACACACUCACACAAGUGA